AGAGACUUAUUGACCAUAUCAACAAGAAUAGAAGCCUCCACAUCAUGUGUCACAUACCAGUAUUCUGCCAUAUUCUAGCCAAUGUGGUGGACAAAAUACUGGAAGAUCAGAGCAAAGAAGAAUCAACCAAAACUUUGACAGAAUUGUACACAAUGUAUAAUGUCUUUCAGAUGAAAAGAAUGAAUGACAAAAACCCGGAGAAGAUGAGUGCAAAGAAAAAAGGGCAGUUCCUUGUUAAACUUGGGAAACUGGCAUUCAAACAUCUGGAGAAAGGCACCCUGAUCUUCUAUGAGAAGGACCUGGCAGAGUGUGACAUUGAUGUAAAUUGGGGAGCACUGCAGGCUGGAGUUUGCACACAGAUCUUCAACGUGGCGAGUGCUACAACUGGAGAGAACAUAUUCAGCUUUGUGCAUCUCAGUGUACAGGAAUUCUUGGCAGCUCUUUAUGUUCUUCAUAAAGGUGUCAUUGGGCAAAUCCCUUCUUCAAGACUUGGAAGGAGAAGAUCAGCUGGUGGUUCACACACUCAAGGUUUGACCUUUACAGAUUUGCUGUGGAUAAGGCCCUGCAGAGCCAGAACGGACAUUUGGAUCUUUUUGUCCGUUUCCUCCUCGGCCUGGCUCCAAUGUUGGAGCCGGAAAUCCGGUCCCCCCUGGAUGUGGUGCUGCCACAGUUAGCUAUCAGAGAAGUGAGCAUCAAGAAAACAGUUCAAUACAUAAAAAAAAAGAUCAGGGAAGAUAUCUCACCAGACCGGAUCAUCAACCUCUUCCACUGUUUGAAUGAGUUAGGGGACAACUCACUGAUUGAGGAGAUCAACAGGUACAUAAACUCAGCAAAUGAGGAGAAAUACCUGACUCCAGCCCAGUGUUCAGCUUUGGCUUAUCUGCUGCUGAUGUCAGCUAAAGACAUGAAUGAGUUUGAUCUGAAGAAAUACCUGAGAUCACAGGAAGGGCUCAACAGAAUGCUUCCUGUAGUGAAAGUCUCUAGGAGAGUUUGGCUAAAUGGGUGUCACCUCUUCAAAGCAAGCUGUCAAAUGAUGGCAUCAGUGCUGCAAGGGACACCUUCCCAUCUGAGAUAUCUGGACAUGAGUGACAAUGACCUGCAUGAUGAAGGAGUGGAGCUGCUCUGUGUGGGACUAAGAGAUCCACAAUGCAAGAUGGAGACACUGAGGCUGAGCCGUUGUCUCAUCACACACAAGGGCUGUUCUUUCUUGGCCUCUGCCCUCAAAUCAAACCCCUCCUACCUGAAACAUCUGGAUCUGAGUUACAAUCACCCAGGAGACUCAGGUGUCAGAGAGCUCACAGACAGACAGUAUGAUCCCAACUGUAAACUAGAGACUUUCAGGUAUGACCAUGGAGGAGAAUGCAGGAUGAAACCAGGACUGAGAAAAUGUGAGUGAUAAAAAUACAUACACGAUUGUGUAUGAACAUAUUGAAACAUUG